AUGGCGGGUUCGCGCUCGCCGUCGCUGCCUUCGCUGGAGGCUCCGGGCGUCUCGCGGGCGACUUCGCCCAGCGGGGAGGCGUCGAGCUUCUUGCCAGUCCCUGGCGCGCAAGAGAAGUCGCCCUCGCAGCGCCCUUCGCCGCGGCACCGUCCUCACCUGCCGGUCGCUCCCGCAGCGCCCGCGGUUCUGGUCUACAACCCCGAGCGCGGCAUCUUGGAGCGACGCGCCCACAGCGCGUGGGAGGCGAAGCACGCUUCGCUGCCUGUGCCGGCGCGCCGGCGAAUCAGCGACUCGAGGCUGCACAGCGCCCGCGGCGUCUCCGCCUCAAUGGUGCCGCCGGAUGCCGACAUCGUCUCGCGCGUCGUCUCCGCCGCCCCAAGCGCCGCGAACUCGCCCAGGCGGAGGCACACCGACGAAACGGCGACGCCAGGUCACGCUGCAGCGCGCGCGCAGGAGCCAAAGUACCGCGUCACAGUGGCAGGACGGCCGACGUCGUCUCUGCCGGCGAACGGCUACGGCUCGCCCCCGCACGGACCACCCCACGUCGCACCAGACGCGACGCUGUCCUCGUCACCGCCCUCUCCUCCAGAUGUUUCUGCGUACAACGGCUACCAGCCUCGCGCGAGGCUCCCGCAGCUCGCCUGCGACCCUGGGCACAGUCCCCACGUGCCGCAGCCGUUCGACGACUCGCCGCCCUUCCCCGCGGCCUUCCUCCCGCCCACGCCGACCGGCGCGCCCCAUGCGUGGCGACCCCCGGACGCAGGAGGGACUCGCGUGAGUCCGCCGCCGUUCCCGAUCUCUCCGCAGAAACUCGCGCGCGCCGAGCAGGAGCGCGCGGAGCGCCUCCGCGGCGCAGCUCCAGGGCCCGCUGAGGACGGCAGGACGCUCGCCUGUCCCUUCUGUCGUCGGCAAAUCCCCUUCGAAGUCCUUCACAAGUUCGUCCGUGGCCAUGCGCAGCUCUACUUCCAAGAACAUGCGUGCGGAGCCCCGCCUCCAGCCGCGUACGACUUGCGGAGCGACAGCCUCCCCGGUCGGUUGCCACCGCCAGCGGGAAGCGGCAUUUCGCGCGGCGCGACCUGGCACAGCGGCCCAGAGCCCUACGGGUCGGCGACCGAGCUGCUGGACGCGUUCCGAAGGCGACAGGGCAAGGUAUGGGGUCCCGUACCGCCUUCCUUCUUCACCUCGCCGUACAACACGCAGUACUGGUUUUUCGUGUGA